UGCGCUCCGUGCAGUCCUUACUGCUGCUGCACCGAGAAAUGCGCUACUUGAACGGCACGUAACCCGGCCAGGUCUGCAUGGCCCUCAGCACUCAGGAGCCCGACUCAGUGUGGACGUGAACAGGUAACUUCUGUCUCUGUCCUUAAACAUCCCAGCAGCAGAGAGGAGGAGGAGAAGAUGAUGAUGAUGCAGCGCAUCCUAACCUACGGUACUCUGCGCCGGGCGGCAGUGGUGCGCCCCUUGCUGGUGGGCGUCACCGUCCACGAACUGCCGGUAGCCUUUUGCUGCUCUGCUCUCCGCCUGUCCCCGCCCACACCCACACCCACACCCACAGGCCAGCGCUGGCUGUCCACCUCAGCCUCCAGCAAGGCGGCACAUCAGCCCAAACACCAGCCGCCGGAGGAGGAGCCGCAGUCCAGCUCCGCACCUCCAUCACAGCCGCUCCAGAAAGAGGAAGCCGGUCCUGGUCCCGGCGCUGUAGAGUUGGACCCCCUGCAGGACAAGUCCAUCGGUCUGGUCCAGAGGUUUAAGAGGACUUUCAAACAGUACGGGAAGGUGUUGAUCCCCGUGCAUCUGUUGACGUCCUCCAUCUGGUUUGGAACCUUCUAUUAUGCUGCUAUGAAAGGAGUGAAUGUAGUGCCAUUCCUGGAGUUCAUUGGUCUACCAGAGUCAAUACUUGACCUUUUGAGAGACUCUUCGAGUGGCUAUGCUCUGACAGCGUAUGCCAUGUACAAGAUCGCCACCCCCGCCAGAUACACAGCGACUCUGGGCGGCACGUCGCUAUCUGUUCAGUACCUCCGCAAGCACGGUUACCUAUCCACACCGCCACCGGUCACAGAAUACAUCCAGGACAAGAUGGAGGAGACCAAGGAGAAACUGAGCGAAAAAAUGGAGGAGACCAAGGAGAGGUUUUCCGAGAAAAUGGAGGAAACGAAAGGACGCUUCUCGGAGAAAAUGGGAGAAACUAAGGACAAGUUUUCCGAGAAACUGCAGGAAACCAAAGACAGAGUCUCCGAGGGGAAAUCAUUUUUUAAGAAGAAAAACGAUUAAGGCAAGAUCAACGUCGGGGGUAGCCGGCGCCUCUCAAUCAAUGAAUCCAAUUAAAGUCUCGGCAAGUAAAUCAGCGAGUUUUGGAAAGAGAGAGAGAAACAGACAGCUCUUCUGAGACUGCUGGGAAAGAAAGAAAAGAGAGAGAGAGAGACAUUGCACUAUCGUUGUCCUGAAAUUUCACCUCACACAUCUCAGUCAUUACCUGUCGUCUAUUUAAGUGUCAAAUGAUUUCUUUAAAUGUGGAAACCCUCUUCACCCCCCCUCUACCAUGACGCACUGAGAGUGUAGACAGCAGCUUAGCAGACUUUACUUGGCUCAGUCAUCUCAGACUGGAUUUCCACAGGCUCAAGUUAUCUGAGCUUUAACUGUUUGUUAGCUCAUGUCUCUUCACACAUAUAUGUAAGGAAAUAAAGAGUUCUGAGAUAAAUAAACACAUAUUGAUUAUAAAAGAGCAUCUAUUAAAGACUGUACAGGAGAGAGUAAGGCUAAUCCUUCUGGCUGUUAGGAGAAUAUUAAUAAAACUUGAAGUUCA